AUGGCGACCCUCGAGGGACUCGUGGCGGCCGCGGAGCAGCUGGUCUGGCUCCUGUACGCGACUGCUCGCGACGAGCCGCUGCGCUUCUUCUUUUUUCUGAUCUUGCCGACGGCUUUGCUGGGCGUGCUUUUCAUCUACAUAACUCUGCACUUCUUCGCUCCGAAACCACGCCCUCCUUUCCCCUCCGAAAAGACCUACAUCACUACCCAACCCGACGGCACUAUCAGCUCCCCUCGGCCCCUCCCAUGCUGGUACGACCGCUGGCGCGCCGAAGGCCGACACAACGAAGAAUACCCGACCAUCCCUCCCGGCUUCCCGGUCCCCGACCAAGUCACAAUCGAGCCGGCCGAGGUCGAAGUUAGCGUCGUCAUCCCCGCCUACAACGAAGAGAAGCGCAUUACGCCGGCGCUGGAAGAAAUGGUCGAAUACCUAGACGCACAAUUCGGCCGCCCUGAACUCCCCGCCGCCCCUCCCCAGCAGAAGAAGAACGGCAAGAAGGGCAACCGCCCAACAACCCCCCACCGGACGGUCUUCAAGCCCGGCUCGAACAAGACCCCCGCCGCCUCGGUGCCCUCUAAUGGUGGUCAACCUUCCGGGUAUGAGAUCAUCAUCGUCGAUGACGGAAGCACUGAUCGUACCGUGGACGUUGCCCUCGCCUUCUCCAAGAAGCAUCAACUCCACGACAUCCUACGCGUAGUAAGGCUGGUCAAGAACCGCGGCAAGGGCGGUGCUGUCACCCACGGGCUGCGGCACGUCCGAGGGAAGUACGCCGUGUUCGCCGAUGCGGACGGCGCAAGCCGGUUUAGUGACCUGGGACGGUUGAUCGAGGGGUGCGAAGAUGUCGUAGAUGCGUCCGACCGGGGCGUGGCGAUCGGGAGUCGGGCGCAUCUGGUCAAGAGCGAGGCUGUUGUUAAGCGCUCCGCGAUCCGUAAUUUCCUCAUGCGCGCCUUCCACUUCGUGCUCAUGAUCCUCACGCCCCCCGCCACGUCCCGCAUCCGUGACACGCAAUGCGGCUUCAAGCUGUUCUCGCGCGCCGCGCUGCCGCAUAUUGUGCCCUACAUGCACAUGGAGGGCUGGAUCUUUGAUAUCGAGAUGCUGAUGCUGGCUGAGUCGGCUCCUGCGACGCCGGUGUUGGCGUCGGAUGGGUCGGUGAUUGGGACGAGUUAUGGGAUUAAGGUCGCUGAGGUGCCCGUAGGAUGGCACGAGGUGGAGGGGAGCAAGGUUAAUCUGGUGAAGGAUAGUAUUCGAAUGGCGAUUGGACUCGCUGUGUUGAGGGCGAGCUGGAUGUUGGGGGUUUAUAGGAGACGAGUAACAUAA